CCAAUAAAUAUUAUAUAAACACUUACAAGUGGAAAAAGUAAAAAGGAAAAAGGAAAAAUUAAUAGUAAUACAAUGUCAGAAAUCAUGAUCAAAGCAAAGUCAGGGUGCAUGGAGCUGGUGCAUUUGCAUGGCUCAUCCAAUCUCAACAAAAAAAUGUGGCACAACACUUUCCUCACCAUCUACUGUUCCAGAGCCUUCCUCUCUCCACCUUCAACAAUCGCCAUUGACCACCACCUCGAAGGACCUCAAGGCGUCGCCACCGCCCUCAAUUCCGACCCCCACGACGGAAUAACCGGCGACGAACAAGCCUUUGGCACAAACACCUACCCAUCUCCUCCUCCCAACAAAACCUUCCUCCACUUUACGCUCACACCUUUCAAGGAUCCAUCCAACCUCCUCCUGCUAGCCUGCGCCGCAAUCUCUCUAGCCAUUGGCAUCAACGUGCCCCGCUGCAGACAAGGCUUGUACGACGGCGCUACCAUAUUCUUCCUCGUCUUCCUCAUCAUCUCCAUCUCCGCUGUUAUCAACUUCACCCAGAGCAGACGCCUCCCCAAACUAACCAGCAACGUUUUAGUACAAGUUGUCAGAAGCAGCACAGGGGAAGAGGUCCCAAUCCACGAUGUCGUUGUUGGCGACAUUGUAUUCUUGAACACCGGUGAUCAGGUCCCCGCAGACGGCCUCUUCUUGGAUGGCCACUCUCUUCGUGUGGAGAGUGAGAUCAAAAGCUCGGCCAACCACUUUCGCUUCUCCGGAACCAAGGUGGCUGAAGGCUAUGGGAAAAUGUUGGUGACUGGUGUUAGGAUGAACACUCUGUUGGGAGAGAUGAUGAGGAGGAUAGCCGGGGUUACAGAGCAGGCGACGACGCUGCAGAGCAGCCUAAACAAGCUCGCUUCCUCUAUGUUAAAGCUCGGUUUGGCUGCGGAUUUUCUGGUUCUUGUUGUGUGGGUGAUUCGAUACUUCACAGAGUAUGCACAAGAUGACAAUGGGGAGAAAGAGUUUAAUUGGAGCAGGACUAAAGCAGUUGAUGUGAUCAACUCUGCCAUAGGGAUUGUUGCAGCUGUGAUCAUUGCUGUGGUUGCUACACCGGAACGUUCGCCUCUGGCUUUGACUCUAACUCUUGCCUAUUCUAUGAAGAGGAUGAUGGCUGAGUUCCGUAACUACACAGACGAGGAGCGGAUGGAGAGAUCCUCCCCAUUUGACAAGAUCCUCAUGGUGCAGUGCUUGAAGACGAAAGACCAUGUGGUGGCAGUCACAGGAGACGGGACGAACGAUGCACCGCCCUUAAAAGAGGCGGACAUAGGCCUGUCGAUGGGGAUCCAAGGCACAGAGGUUUACAACAACAUACAGAAGUUCAUUCAGUUCCAGUUGACAGUCAACAUCACGGCGCUGGCGGUCAACUUUGUGGCAGCCGUAUCAGCCGGGGAGGUGCCUCUGACUGCAGUGCAGCUGCUGUGGGUGAAUCUGAUCAUUGACACGCUCGCGGCCUUGGCGCUGGCGAGGGAGCUGAUGGAGCCAGUUGGGCGGGACGAGGCGCUGAUCAGUAAUGUGAUGUGGCGGAAUCUGAUGGCUCAGGCUGUGUACCAGAUUGUGGUGUUGUUGGUGCUGCAGUUUAGAGGAGAGGGUCUGCUUGGUGUGAGUGAAAAGGUGAAGAACACUUUGAUAUUUAAUGCAUUUGUGAUGUGUCAGGUAUUUAAUAAGUUCAAUGCAAGGAAGCUUGAGAAGAGGAAUGUGUUUGAAGGGUUGCAAAAGAAUAAAAUGUUUGUGGGGAUUGUUGGAGUGACACUGGUUCUUCAAGCAUUGAUGGUGCAGUUGUUGAAUAAGUUUGCUGAUACAGAGAAGCUGAGUUUGGAAGAGUGGGGAAUUUGUGUGGGAAUUGGGGCACUUUCAUGGCCUAUUGCUUGGCUUGUGAAGCUUAUACCUGUUCCACAAACACCAUUUUUCUGUUAUAUCAGUUUCAAAAAGUGGAGAGGUACAUGAAGACUAGUAUAAAUUUAGCCAUGAAUUCUACUCCAUAUUUCUUUGUUUUUUAAUCUUUGAUUGGAUUCUUUGUUCUUGAUUGCUACUUCCGGAGUAUCCUUUUACACUCCAUUAGAGUAUUUGUUUGUUAUGUAGUACAUUGAUUUUUUUUUUCCUUAGAAUGCUUUUGUCGAUUAUUUUUAUUGAAUUGAUUUUUUCAAAAUAUUUGAAGGUUUUUAAUUGGCACUCUUUU